AUUUCCGCCACUGGUUAACGUCAGCCCGUUCUUCAAAACACUUCACUCUACAUAGUUGUAUCUAUCUUGCAAUGAUGGAAGACAUAGUUCGACUUUUCAUGGCGCGCAUACGCCAGCAUGUGGGCUCAUCCUCUGCUUUCCAUUCCACCUAAUGCAUCGUAAAGACCUAACAUAUCUUACCAGCUGACAGUGAACGACCUCGCCAAGCUGGCCCGCGUGUCGCAUGAGUUGAACGAUCUGGCAACACCAUACCUGUACCAUACAGUGAACUUCCAUAGCCCAGGGCGCAUCAAGCCGGAUGACCAGCUGUUAUUACAACUGGAUAUCCUCGGGGAUCUCCGAUUUGACAAGCUCGUAUACACAAAGCGCGUGGUCGUGUCAGGAUCAUGGUACGACACUUAUGCUGCGAUUGACUCUGAGCUAGGCGAGCACCAACUUCUCUCUCCAGCAGCUCGCAUGCUCAGCAACAUCAUUAGCAAUUGUAUUCUAAGGAUGCCCAAUUUAGAGGAGUUCAUGUACUAUCCACCCUUUCACCUAUUCUGUUAAGGGUUGCUCAAUAGUACCCAUGGGUAUUAUCUGGAGGAUGCUGGGCUAAUCUACUUUCCAGCUGGGACAUGCAGGUUUCACUGACACAGGUCUUGCUGACGACCGUAAUGCUGCGACAGAGGCUGCGGUGCUUGCGGAUCCGUAUGGGUACGGACUGCACCCCGAAGCCGUUCUUUCGCCCAACCUUGAACCUCCACACAACAGUCAAGUUGAGGGUAAUGCACCUCACCCAAGUCGAUGACGUCUUAGUUUUACAAUCCUUAGGUGUGGCUCUGAAGAAUGCUACGCAACUCGAGCGCCUUUCAAUAUGGGCUGAUGACCGUUUUGAGCUGAGCAUUAGCAGUCUCGUGGAGGACUGGCACACACCCGCGCCGUUUCGAUUGCGCUCUUUAGACCUCCGUGGGUUCUCCGAUAUAGGAAUCCCAGCGAAAAGCAUGUGGGCAGCAAUUCCACCAACCAAACUGAGAGAACUGACGCUAGAGCUUGGGCCGAGACUCCUGGCGCAAGACUCAACAGAGUUCUGGGACGCGUCUGUUGAGGCUGAAUUGCGUCCGCUUAAGUUGAGGGUUAACUUGGGUGUCAAGGGCAUCCAAGACUUCAUUUCUUCUUUUUCUGGUUUGGAAGCAUUCAAUCUUGUCCCAUCUGACACACUACGACCGAUGGGUCCAAUCUGCGGUCUCGUCGAUGCUCUUAGAAGGCACCAUUCUGCUACUUUGAGGGUUCUGGGUCUGAGUUCGUUUUUGGAUUGGCCGAGUUAUGUGCUAGAUGUACCAGAUAUCAAGUACUUGGUAGGGGCGCUGCCAGAUAUUGAAGAACUCCGCUUGAGUCAGGCGAGCUUGAAUCGAGAAUUCAUGCAGAUCGCACUGCUAUUCCCCCGUUUACGUGUAGUCCAGAUUGAUCUAGUCCACGAAGAUCCGGCUACGGAGUAUAUUUUUUUGGACUUCAUCGUUUCUCUAUUACGCAAGGGCUAUGCCAGGAAUCUUACCUAUAUAGCCUUUGACGACACUACCGUGCGUGAAAUACGCCGAGAUCCGAUACGGCUUUCCGACAAAGCCUCUCGCGUUGGAUAUGUCGGUGGCACGGUCCUUUUGGAUGAAGAAGUCUACGACUGGGUCAGAACAUCUUUCUAAAGUCGCAAAGCUACAAUGACAUCGGUUAUUACGCCGGAUGCUACCCCUGAGGAUGUAAGACAUCCGCGAACUGCUCCUCUCGCUGAUUUUUCAACUGUCAGCUAGUGCCCUAUAGAUAGUAAGCCUUCUAACACGGGUCAUAUACAGGACCUAUGCAGCUUUCUAACCCGAAGCAACCAAUCUAACCCGUAUAUUACUGCGUUCUACUGGAAUUUGCGAGCCAUGUCGGAGUGCCAAGACUCGAAGUAUUAGUAUGGAUUCGGUUCGAGAAAUUUGCGGUCGAUUUGCACUUCGGACUCCGGCAAUAGGCUCCAUGUAUUUACUUAUUUGAUGGUUUG